UAUUAAAAGUAGGAGUUGCUCUGAUAAAUUACCAUGGCUCUUCAUGUAUUCAUCCUCAUCGUCACCGCCACCAUUGCCACCACCGUCUCCGCCACUGAUCACAUUGUCGGAGCUAACAAAGGUUGGAAUCCCGGCAUCAACUACACCAUUUGGAGCAACAACCAAACCUUCUACGUUGGUGACUUCAUCUCAUUUAGGUAUCAAAAGGCACAACACAAUGUGUUACAAGUGGACAAAGUAGGAUACAAUAAUUGCACAAUAGAAGGUGCACUAGGGAAUUGGAGUAGUGGAAAAGACUUCAUUUUACUGGACAAGUCCAAGAGGUACUACUUCAUUUGUGGCAUUGGUGGAUGCUCUAAUGGCAUGAAGGUAUCUGUUCUUGUUCACUCUAUUUCACCUCCUCCUAGGUCAGACGUCGUCUCCGCGGUGCAUUCUUCCGAAAAAUCUGCUGCUCCGGUGACAUUUCAUGGUAAUUUUGGGUCGAUAUUGGUGUUCGUUGGAUUAUCAAUGACCAUAUGUAUGUUGCAGGAUUUAAUGAGUUUCGGCUAAGAAUGUUAAGUAGUUGGAUUUUGAAAUUGUUUGUUUCAGUCACUAGUACUAUUGUGUAAUUGCUACUUCGAAAUUUGUUUUAAGCUUGAAAUAUAUCUACUGUUAUUUUUUCUUUAA